GUCCAGAGCUCCGCAGGCAGCCUCCGCUGGAGACCCUGUGUGGAUCCGGGGGUGUUUCUGGGGGCGUUUCCCCGGCCCUGGCCCCUGGCAUUGGCCCCGAUCCCCCCGCCCCGCUGGAUUGGCUGAGCAGCCUGGAAAAUGGUAAAUGACCAUUCGGAUCAAUUACAGGCUUUUAGCGGUGUUGUCUGUCAUAAUUCAUGAUUCGGGUCUGGGAAAAGGACCAGCAGCCCAGCGUGCCAAGAAAGGGGCAGAGUUGGAUGGAGUUGGGUGGACUUCUCCCGUGCCUCCUGCCUCUGCACCCCUAGAGGAUAAAGCACUUUUGCAGACAUUCAGUAGAGAGAGGGGAGAGACCAUGUUUGACUGUAUGGAUGUUCUCGCAGUGAGCCCUGGGCAAAUCCUGGACUUCUAUACUGCCAGCCCGUCUUCUUGCAUGCUCCAGGAGAAAGCCCUCAAAGCAUGCUUCAGUGGAUUGACACAAACAGAGUGGCAGCGCCGGCACACUGCUCAAUCCAUCGAAACACAAAGCACCAGUUCUGAGGAGCUCGUCCCCAGCCCCCCUUCUCCACUCCCUCCUCCUCGUGUUUACAAGCCUUGUUUUGUAUGUCAGGACAAGUCAUCGGGCUAUCACUAUGGCGUCAGUGCUUGUGAGGGAUGUAAGGGCUUUUUCCGCAGAAGUAUUCAGAAGAACAUGAUUUACACCUGCCACCGAGAUAAAAACUGUGUGAUUAACAAAGUCACCAGGAACCGUUGCCAGUACUGCCGCCUCCAGAAGUGCUUUGAAGUGGGAAUGUCCAAAGAAUCUGUCAGAAAUGAUAAGAAUAAAAAGAAGAAAGAGCCUUCGAAGCAGGAAUUCACAGAAAGCUAUGAGAUGACAGCAGAAUUGGAUGAUCUCACCGAAAAGAUCCGGAAAGCUCACCAGGAAACAUUCCCAUCUCUCUGCCAGCUGGGGAAAUACACCACGAAUUCCAGCGCCGAUCAUCGGGUGCGCCUGGACCUGGGCCUCUGGGACAAGUUCAGCGAGCUGGCCACAAAGUGCAUUAUCAAAAUCGUGGAGUUUGCAAAAAGGCUGCCCGGCUUCACCGGUUUGACCAUUGCCGAUCAGAUCACCCUCCUGAAAGCCGCCUGCCUCGACAUCUUGAUUCUUAGAAUCUGCACAAGAUACACACCUGAACAAGACACGAUGACCUUUUCCGACGGCCUUACCCUAAACCGAACCCAGAUGCACAAUGCUGGCUUUGGACCCCUCACGGAUCUGGUUUUCACCUUUGCCAAUCAGCUCCUGCCUUUGGAAAUGGAUGACACAGAAACAGGCCUUCUUAGUGCCAUCUGCUUAAUCUGUGGAGAUCGUCAAGACCUUGAGGAGCCAACAAAAGUGGACAAGCUGCAAGAACCAUUGCUGGAAGCAUUGAAAAUUUACAUCAGAAAGAGACGUCCCAACAAGCCUCACAUGUUUCCAAAGAUCCUAAUGAAAAUCACAGAUCUCCGUAGCAUUAGUGCAAAAGGUGCAGAACGUGUGAUUACAUUGAAAAUGGAAAUCCCUGGUUCAAUGCCCCCUCUCAUUCAGGAGAUGCUGGAGAAUUCUGAAGGACAUGAACCCCUGACACCAAGUUCCAGUGGCAAUACAGCUGAGCACAGUCCUAGCAUCUCACCCAGCUCCGUGGAGAACAGUGGGGUUGGGCAGUCCCCACUGGUGCAAUAAGACAUUUUCCAGUCAUUUCUGACAUUCCCCAUUACCUUCUGUUCCCGGAUUUAAAAAGCAAGAAAAUUUUUUUUACUGCUGCUUAGUUUUGGGACUGAAAAGAUAUAUUAAAAUUCCAGAAGGACCAAGAAGUUUUCAUAUGUACCAAUAUAUAAAUAUAUAUAUAUAUAUAUACAUAUAUAUAUACUCCUCACUGUUUGAUUCCUAACCAGAAAUACAGACUUAAAAAAUUUCAAAUCAGCCAUUUCAU